UCUCAACCCAGAGCAAACCUUCUGGGUGGGUCUCCAAAGCUCUUCUGGAUAGCUUUAUAGAGAAUCCUGCGUUCUCUGCCCCCGCCCCCCUCUCUUGCCGCGAGACUACACACACACACCUAUCAGCCACAAUACCUCUCUUAUUCCCGCCACAAUGUCGAACGAAAGCCACUCUUCUUCGGGCAGCCGAAGCCUAAAAGCCGUCUUCGUAGGGUUGGGUGUCUUGGGGACGAUAGCCACCUGGGGCCGGACGGUGGGGAGCGGUAGUCUGGGUCUGAUCACAGCGGCCCUGGAACAGGACGAAUACACCCUCCCGGGAUCGGCGUGCAAGCUGCUGCCGAGCUUCACGGGAAUCGGGCCGGUGGACUACCUGCUGCGGACGCUCGUCGUGUUCUUCUGGGAGUCGGUGGAUGGCUCGCAUCCGAAGAACGCAGCGGCGGGGCUCUACUUCGCCGGGCAGAUGGCCCCGACCAUCGUGGCCAUCUACCUGGACGGGCUGCGCAGGGGCAACGGCGCGUCCCUGCUCCGGCCUGUGCUCUGGUACCUCGUCUUCGCUGCUGCUGCUGUCGGGUCCAGCGGCGCCGCCUGGGCCCUUGUCUACCUCGCCUCGUCGCCGACGCUCUCGCCGUCCGUCGGGCUUAGCGCCCUGCAGGAUGUCUCGCUCGUCGCGUCGCCCAUCGCUGCCAGCCUCCUACUGCCAGCCACGCUCGUCGCCUUCGCGGGCACCACCGUCCUCAUGGGCAUCCCGUCGCCCACCGUCGUCUCCGGCAACUUUCAGCAGUGGGCUAUCGUCAUCUGGAAUGUGUUUCCCUUGAUCCUGGUCGCCAUCGUAUACGCACUCCAGCCGCUAUUGGGCGCAGUACUGGCCGGCCGCCAGCUGUCGGAUCGGCAGGCGCACCUACGCGCGGUAAGAUGGCUCGGCGUCGGGUCUGUGGUGUUCGGCUUCGCCAUGCACGCCUCCGUGACGGCCGUGUCUUUCUCGGCGGCACUGUUCCCGGCCAUAUUCGCCCCGGGGUACGCGGAAGCGUUGCGUCCUCUAUCGCUCGCGGUGCCGCCGAUCGGGAUGGAAGUGGUGAGAACGCCCGGGGACGGGAUCUGGGGGUUCAUGCUGUGGGACCAGGUGUUCGGGUUCACGAUGUUCAUGCUCGUGUUCUUGGCGCAGCUCCAGAACUCGAUGCGCUUCUCGGACCAGCCCCUAGGAUCGUUCAGCUGGGCGCGGAUGGCGGUCGUCUGCCUCCUCUCUUCCUUCCUCGUCGGGCCCGGCACGACGAUCAUGGCCGUGAGCUGGCUGCGAGACGAAGUACUGUACGGGGUGACGCCCAAGAUCCAUAGUCCCUGGAAAGCGGACGCGAAGAAAUUAAAUCGCGGGUGACGGGGGUUAUAGGGUUGGCUGGGAGUGCUGUCGCUGAAGGACCAAAGAGGGUGUGCAUCACCGCUUUCACCAUUUCGCACCCUACCUCUUUCUGUGAAUUCACGCAUCUUAGCGGGAUAGAAU